AUGUUGAGGAAAACAAAAUUUACAAUCAGUGAGAGUAAUUUGAAACCCAUGGUACAUAAUAAUAUUGACGGUAAGAUAACUAAUUAUCAAAAAACUUAUAAAGAAUAAAAUGAUAGGAGAACUAAAAUAAAAGAUUAAUUUGUCGUAGAUGAUAAUUUAGUAGUAAAAGAGGAUAAUAUAUGGAAACCCUGUAAAAUUGUAGGAAAGAUAAAAGGCUGCUCUAAAUCAUAUAAGAUAAAGUUACAGAGUGUUAUAGUGGUCAGACGAACGUCUUAUCAUUUGUAUCACAUAACUAGUCAAAGGUUUAAUGAAUUCUAUGUAGAUGAUGAUGAUAUUCUGCUUGGACAUGAUAAUGACGAAAAUUCGGUGGGGAAAAGUGAAGUUAAUGAGAAGAAUGAUGAUGCUGAUUAG